AUUGCUCUCUUCUUGUUCAUGAUCUUCAAUCAGGCUUAUUCUCAGUCUGAGUAUGGAUAUCUGAAUGUUGAUUGUGGAGGGGACGGAGGAUCCAUAGAUGACAAUAACAUAAGAUGGUCUGCAGACUAUGGUUUUGCUAAGCAAGGCUACAAAAAGACAAUCGAUAAAAGCAUAAAUGACAACUAUCCCAUGAAAACGCUCCGGGAAUUCCCAUACAUGAACAAGAAUUGUUACAUCUUGCCUGCAUUCAUUCAGCAGAAAUAUCUUCUCAGAGCCGGUUUCUUCUAUGGUAAUUAUGAUGGACUAUCUCGACCGCCUAUCUUCGAUCUUCAGUUCGACGCAAACUCAUGGACAACUGUGUUUACAUCUAAUGAUCAACCAGUUUUCUAUGAGGCUGUGAUCAUCGCUAAGUGGCACAAUAUAAGUGUUUGUCUGCAAAGAACAAGACAAGAUGAUGUUCCAUUCAUUUCAACUUUGCAGAUAAUGCAACUUCUUCCGGGAAUGUACACUAACAUGAAAAAUGACCAUGCUCUAUUCAAAGAAUACAGAUUGAACUUUGGAUCAAAUCAAACUGUGAGCUAUCCAGAUGACAAGUAUGGAAGAAUAUGGGAACCAGCUCCAAAAAACAACUACAAAGACAUAACUGCAGAUUUCCAAACUUUAUUAUCAACAGUGAAUGAUGAUCCUCCAAAUGCUGCAAUGAGAACAGCAAUUCAAUCAGAAUCACCAUCUGAUCCAAUCCUUCUUUCAUUCAAUUUGACAGAGUUUGCUAGGCCUUUAUACAUUGCUCUCUACUUCACUGAAGUAUCCAAGCUCAAUCCAAGACAAAACAGGACAUUUGAUAUCUACAUCAGUGGACAAGAUUUCAAUCUGCAACUUUCUCCAGUUUAUCAGAAAUGCAAUGAAGUACAUGGAUAUGUAGUUCCUACUCCAGGGAUGUCCAAAAUCAUUCUGUCUCUGGUUCCAUCCGAGAACUCAAACAUGCCACCCAUUUUGAAUGCCAUGGAGUUGUUCACUGUCAGUGAAACUGUGUCCAGUGGAACUGCUCCUCAAGAUGUGUUCGGAUUAGGACUAAUUACGCAUUUCUCUAGUAGGCUGUCACAAUGGAGUGGAGAUCCAUGUCUCCCUGUUCCAUUUGAUUGGAUAGCUUGCAACCAAGACAAUCCUUCAAGAAUCACAGCACUUUAUCUUGCGAAUUCCGAUAUCUUGUUCAUCUCUAAUAUCAGUGACAUGCAAGCACUUCAGAUAAUAGAUUUGCAAAACAACAGCUUGUUAUCUGUACCAAGCUUUAUCUGGGACUUGCCCAACCUCAAAUCAAUAAAUUUGGCUUACAAUGAUAUCAGAGGAACUGUGCCAGAAUCCAUAGUUGAGAGAGAAGUUUCACUCAAUAUAACAGGUACAAACUUGAUUGUUAUUGAGCCAAAGAAGAAGAGCCACAAAGGAUUGAUCAUUGGUUUAUCGGUGGCAGCCGGAAUUGCUCUGAUUGGUAUUGCCGCAUUUGUAUUCAUCUGCAUUUGUCGCAAUGGAGAAAGAAAGUUUUUGAGGCAAAGAAACUGAGACCGGAGGAUUUAGUUAUGACAAUCAAGCAUAGUUUGGAGUUCUUGGACCUCAUACAAUUAAAGUAACAACGCCAACUAAUUCUGUGAGCUUUUGGUCUAUGUUAUCCUAAGGGAAAUCUCCCUCUCAUUUUCACUUUGGGCAAAGUUUGUUGUCCGAUUUUGUUAAUCCUCCACUGCCAAUGGAUCUCUUUUAUGUUUUUCUUGGUCUGUCUUACCUAUUAUUGUUAUUCAUUGUGUUGUAAUAUUG